GCCGCCAGAUUCCGCACGCUUCGCGGUGGACCGCCGAGUCUCGGACGCGAACUUCUCUCUGCUACCAGCUGCCGGCUCAGUUGACUGAGGCGACGAGACACACACCACACGAUUCUCGCUUAACACUGAGGUGAAGGACAGUCCUGUAUAACACACCAGCUGUGGGUGUGAAGCAAUGAACAGCAUGGAGAAGCAGAAAGUGUGGGUUCCUGACCCCGUGGAGGGGUUUAUACUGGGGCAGAUCAUUGACCUUGGCUACAGUGGACAAGCAACAGUGUUACCAUUUGAUGGCAAACAUUCCAAGCAGACAUGCAGCUUAGACAGAAUUCAUUAUGCAGAAGACAACGACAGCAAAGAAGUGGAUGAUAAUUGUGGGUUAAUGUAUUUAAAUCCAGCAACACUGCUUCACAAUGUUCGCCUUCGUUACUACAAAGACAAGAUAUAUACAUAUGUCGCCAAUAUUCUUCUCGCUGUGAAUCCAUACUUUGAAAUCAAAGAUCUUUAUUCAAAAAAUACUAUAAAGAGUUACCAGGGAAAGUCAUUAGGUGUUAUGCCUCCACAUGUUUUUGCAAUCGGCGACAAAGCAUUCCGUGACAUGAAGGUCAUGAAGCAAUCACAGUCAAUAAUAGUGUCUGGAGAAUCGGGUGCUGGGAAGACUGAAUCUACAAAAUAUCUGCUGCGGUAUUUGUGUGAUCUCUGGGGUACGACAGCGGGGCCAAUUGAACAGAAGAUUCUGGAUGCAAAUCCAAUCAUGGAAGCUUUUGGAAAUGCAAAAACAACACGAAACAAUAACAGCAGUAGGUUUGGAAAAUUCAUGGAAGUCCACUUUGACAACAAAUAUCAGGUUGUCGGUGGCUACAUCUCUCAUUAUCUUCUGGAGAAAUCCCGCAUUUGUGUGCAAGGCCCUGAGGAGCGAAAUUACCAUGUAUUCUAUCUACUGUGUGCGGGUGCACCUGACCAGCUUCGAGCCCAGCUAAAUAUCACCAAACCUGAUGACUUCCAUUAUUUAAAGCAAGGAUGCACCCAGUAUUUUGUAAACAACACAACAGAGAAGAAACUGAACAACAGUCAAAAAUCUCAGAGUCAAAUUAAAAAGGGAGGCCUAAAGGAUCCAUUACUGGAUGAUGUGCAGGACUUCACUACCCUGGAUCAGGCGUUAUCUCGAAUAGGUCUGGAUGAUGCAGAAAGGCUAAACAUAUAUACAACAGUAGCAUCAGUGCUCCAUCUAGGAAAUGUCUCUUUUGAAGAAAACCCAGAGGAUACAAAAGGAGGCUGUAGGAUCACUGCAGCAUCAGAAAAAUCACUAACAAUAGCAUCUAAAUUGAUGGGAAUGGAUCCAGAGGAACUUAGACAAGCCCUUGUUUCUAAAGUCAUGCAGACCAGUCGUGGUGGCCUCAAAGGAACUGUUAUAAUGGUGCCACUUAAAGUCUAUGAAGCCAAUAAUGCCAGGGAUGCUUUGGCUAAAGCAUUAUAUAGCAAACUGUUUGAUUAUAUAGUUCAGAGAAUUAAUAAAUCAAUCCCUUUCAAAGCAUCUAGCUAUUAUAUUGGAGUCCUAGAUAUUGCUGGUUUUGAAUACUUCACUGUCAACAGCUUCGAACAAUUUUGUAUUAACUACUGCAAUGAGAAACUGCAGCAGUUUUUCAAUCAACGGAUAUUGAAGGAUGAGCAAGAAUUAUAUCAGAAGGAGAGUUUAAAUGUACCAAAGAUUGAAUUUAGAGACAACCAAGACUGUAUUGAUCUCAUAGAAACAAAAGCUUCUGGAAUAUUUAACCUUUUGGAUGAGGAAUCUAAACUUCCAAAGCCAUCUUCAGAACAUUUCACAAAUGAAGUCCAUAGACACUGGGCCAAUCACUUCCGACUAGCUAAAACACGUGACUCCAAACUUAAAGCACAUAGGGAAAUUAGAGAUUCUGAAGGGUUCAUGAUCCGACAUUUUGCAGGUGCUGUUUGUUACCAGACUGCACACUUUGUAGAAAAGAACAAUGAUGCUCUGCAUGCUUCCUUGGAAGGACUGAUUCUGGAGUGCAAGAACAAAUUUCUUCAAGGUCUGUUUCCAACAGCUGAUAUUGGCCAUCAAAAAGGAAAAUUAGCAUUUGACAGUGUUGGAAUGAAAUUCAAAAAUCAGUUGUCUGAACUGAUGGAGAAGCUUAAGAGCACAGGUACUAAUUUCAUUCGGUGUAUCAAGCCAAAUCAAAAGAUGGUUGAUCACCAAUUUGAAGGAGGCUCAGUACUAUCACAGCUUGAGUGCUCUGGUAUGGUGUCUGUACUUGAGUUGAUGCAGAAUGGUUUUCCAUCAAGAGUUCCAUUCAGUGAACUACACAGCAUGUAUAACAAACAUUUACCAGAAAAACUGAGAAGUUUACCACCUCGUAUGUUCUGUAAGGCAUUGCUCAAGGCUUUAGGAAUGACAGAGGAUGAUUACCGCUUUGGUGUAACCAAAGUGUUCUUCAGACCAGGCAAGUUUUCAGAAUUUGAUGCAGUUAUGAAAUCUGAUCCUGAAAACAUAUCAGCAAUGGUGAACAAAAUUAAGAAAUGGUUACUCAGUUCACAAUGGAAGAAAGCCCAAUGGUGUUCACUGUCAGUGAUAAAGUUGAAAUAUAAAAUAUUAUAUAGAAGACAUUGCUUAAUUGUAAUACAGAAGAAUGUUCGAAUGUUUUUGGUUAAGAAGAAAUAUCAACCUAGAAUAAAGGGACUCACCAAAAUCAACAGGCUAAAGGACAAUCUUAGUAGGAUGGAGAAAAUUAUUCCUCAGCUCAAAAAGGACAAAGAAUCCAGUGCAGCAGAAGUAAAAAAACUCCACAGUGAUAUUGAGACAGCAUUGAAAAAAAUUAAGACUGAUGACUCAAUCACUACAGCCCAGGUGGACAGUCUACACCUUCAGCUGAUGAAUCGAAUAAAUGAGCAAAUGAGCCAAUUACAGACAAAACUGCAACAGCAAAAGAAUGCAGAAGAACAAGAACGAUUGCGCAAGAUUCAAGAAGAAAUGGAGAGAGAAAGAAAGCGCAAGGAGGAAGAAGAAAGAAAGAAAAGAGAAGAGGAGGAAAAUAGAAGGAAAAAGGCUGAAAUGGAAGCUAGGAGAAAGGCUGAGGAAGAAGCAAGGAAAAAACAAGAGGAGGAAGACAGGAGAGCUGCUGCAGCACUUCAGAAGCAACUGGAAAAAGAAGCUUUGGAAGAUGCAAAGUACCGUGAACAGUUAGAGCAAGAAAAGAGAGACCAUGAGCUAGCACUCAGACUGGCUCAGGAAACAAAUGAACAGAUUGAGGAUAUGCCUCAACCAUCUGCUGCGAGUAGGCCUGUCUACAAUGAAGUCAGAAGUCCAACGCCAAGUAAACUCAACAGGUCGGAGCUAGCUCGUUCAAUACAAGGAAGUCAAGGGAAGCAGAAAUAUGAUCUUUCAAAGUGGAAAUAUUCAGAACUAAGAGACACAAUUAAUACUUCAUGUGAUAUUGAACUACUGGAGGCAUGUAGAGUGGAAUUUCAUCGCCGUCUGAAGGUUUAUCAUGCUUGGAAAGCAAAAAAUAGGAAACGCACAACAAUGAUGGAAAAUGAAAGGGCUCCACGUUCAAUUAUGGAUGCAGCAACAAAAACCCCAAAAGUGGUACAGAAAGCACCAAUAUCAACAAGUACUCAACGUUACUUCCGCAUUCCAUUCAUUCGUCCUCCUACAGUCAACAAUAAUCAGGGAGAAGCCUCAACAUCUGUUGGAGAUAAACGUGGAUUGUGGUAUGCACACUUUGAUGGACAGUAUGUUGCAAGACAAAUGGAGCUACAUCCUGACAAACCACCUAUACUUCUUGUGGCAGGCAUUGAUGAUAUGCAGAUGUGUGAACUUAGCCUUGAAGAAACUGGAUUAACUCGCAGAAGAGGUGCUGAAAUUCUAGAGCAAGAAUUUGAAAAAGAAUGGGAACGUAAUGGUGGCAAGCCAUAUGUUAAAGCUGCUGAUCGUAGAAGGCAGUAAACUCAAAACUAGUUUGCUUUGUAUAGUAUGGCAGUGUCCCUUGAAACAUGAGAAGUGCUUUUGGUGAAGGCUUUGUUUCUGCAAUGUUCAGUUUUAUGGAUGUAAAUAUAUUUUUAUGACUGCUUAUUCAUUUGAAAGAGUAAAAUAGAUUUAUAAUAUUUUUGGAAUAAAUAUAUGGUGCACUUCAGACCAUUAAACUAUAAGUAAAUCUGACAUUAUGAGUUUACUGAAGAGAGCAGACUUAAUUUUGCCUGUUACUUAAGGGACAUUGCACCUUUGUGUGGUGUGGCAGUACACUGCAUUUGGUUCCUAAGCCUGUGAGUGUGUGUUUAGAAAAUAUUUUUACAGCAUAAAAUGACAUGCUGCAGCUUGUAACAGAACUGCAUCUCUCUAUUCCUGUCAUUCAUUUAGUACUUUCUGAGGUCACCUUAUUUUCACACAUGAGCUGCACGUUGAUAAGCUAAUCAUUGUAAUACUGUUGCCAAGUCAAAAAAGGCCUGUGUAUCAAGAAAUAAUUUAUUUUUUAAAGUGACUGUGUAUUAAGAUAAACAUACUGUGUGUUGAAAGAUUGUACAUUAAUUUUUGUUGUCAUUGUUCAGAUGCUGUUGUUUUACACUAAGACAUAAAAGCCAGGUGUGUAACAAAUCAUUCUUAAAGUUAGACAGUUUUGAUAUUUAAACAUUCCAUUCAACUAGUCACCUAUAAUAUUUAUCUGUCUGAUGAACAUGUAUUUAUGCAUAAUCUAAAUAAAUCUGACUUUCUGAGUUUAUAAAAAUGACUUGAUUUUCUUUUGAGCUG